AUUGUCAACGACUACCUCAGCGAGAAAGGUCGCUACGAUCGGCGCUUGGAGGUUACCGAAAGUGUCGCGAAGGACGAAGUGUUAGUGAAGCUGCCCCUGUCGCACGUGCUCUCCGCAGACUUCUGCCAGCAGGACUUGACGGACCAGACGAUUCGUCAGGUGGUCGAUGCACAGAAGCGGAGUUCGGAACCUGUUGACAUCGCUCCCUGGACCUGGAUCACACUUUACACGCUGGCGCAUGCGAAGAAGGAUUCGUCAGCGCCUUCUUCGACAGGCUGGCGCUUCGACACUCUCCUAAAGCAAGAGUAUAUCGACGCUGCUCUGUCUUACUUGCCCCUGUUUUGGGACGAUGCUAGCCUGCACUGGCUGAACGGCACCGACCUGCUGAAUGUCCAUGUUUUGGAUGUCCACGCCGCAAUCGAGACGGAGUACCACAAGCUCAGCUACUUGGUGCCCAGCAUCGAGUCCUCGAUCACUGUAGUGGAGCCUGCGGCUUUGAUCGGGGACUUGGGAGUUUCAGUUCGAGCGGCCAGAUGCAGCUUCGAAGCCUUGCCGAUCUCGCCUUUGCAAGGCUGCAAGACCCACACGCGCGGACAGGGCUGGCGUGAUGCUGGAACCCGAUUGAACCAGGUGGCUUUCCUGGUGUCCACCGGCCGCGGCGAGGAGGCGCAGAGGACCGUAGAGCUUCUCCAUGCGAAGCAUCACGUAUACGUCAUAUGCGCACCUCGCACGGUGCGGCCAAGCCUGGACGACUGGAUCCGCGAAAGAAAGCUCAAAAACGUCUUCGUCAUCUCGGAGAUGGAGCCGGAUCAAGCACACACCAGCAAGGACCUCCGCUUGGAGGCCACGCGCUUGCUCCUGGAAUAUCACAGCUGGGACUACCUGGUGGACCUCGCCUCCGGGGCAUGGCAUCCGGCGCACUCAGGGCUGCUCUCUCGGUGGCUUGCCUUGCUGAACGGAACCAGCGUGGUAUCCGGCAAUGGUGGAAGCUUUGCUGUCAGCCGUGCCCAUGCUGAGGAGGUCACAGCAUCCCUGGAUGCGCCGGAGCCGCGAAAGCUUUGGGCCAAGGCCUCCUGGCCUGACUUUUGGGCACAAGCUUUAUCGUCUGGCCAGGUCCCCAAAAGUCAGGGGAUCCGGCCUUUCUUGGAGAGCCAGUCCAACAUGAGACUGCCGGGCAUGCUGCAAACGUGGAGCAUUGUGUCACCGGUGGAAGCGUAUGAUGCUGGCGAGAGCUUCAAAGCUUUGAGUUCGGACUGGCUGUCGCUCUAUGCCAACCUCACGCUUUGGCUGGUCCACGCCCUCAUGGCCAAAAGCUCCGGCGACAGAGUGCAGUCAGUUGCGCAGGUCUCACGGCGUGCCUUUGGCAGCCGACGAAUCCGACGCACUGCCGAGAGCCUUGGGCGGCUUGCGGAUGCCUUGACUGCGGAGGUCAUCUUCUCGCCAGCUGAUGGCAAAUGCGAGAUCCAGGGAGCCGUCAAAGGACUCCAGUUGCAUGACUGCCGCAUUGAUGCCGAGAUCUUUUUCAUGGAGCGGCUCUUCGUUGCGGACCCCUUUCCACCAGGCCCAGCCCUGGGUCGCAGGACCGAGCCUUGCGGGAUCUCCUUUCCACAUGUCUUCCGCGUCGGCACCGGCUGGGAUGGGGAUGAAUUCCUGUUCCACGGCUUCGCCUCCCUGAUCCCUGCUGCGGCUACCGGUGACCUUUGGGCAGUGCUGAUCCCCUUGGUGCUCGUGGAGCCCAAGGGGGAGAAGCCAGAGCACCCGUGGUUCGGGCCGUUGGAGAUCCGCUGGAUUGAUGCAGAGGGCAUGGUGCGCUAUCGGGGUGGUGGCCAAGCGGUGCGGCCAGGCGCCAUCUGGGAACGCUACUUGGGUUCGGCCCUUCCACCUGGCAGCUACACCGUGUCUGUGCGUAUCCGGCGUGGGCCUCUCUUGGCACAGCGAUCGUUUGAAGUGCUUCCGGAAGACCUUUCCACGAUGGAGCCGGCUGAGAGGUUGCGGCUGCUGCCACAGUACUUUGAUUUGCUGGAUGAAUCCGAGCAUCUCGGAGAUCAAGGAACGCCGACCGCACAGCUAACAGGGACCAGCAGCCAUAGCACUCGCGACAACACGGCCACCACUACCACUGGCACUGACACCAGCACCACCACCAGCACCAGUCGGGAGCCAAAGAUGCCCCGAAGAGAAACUGUCACUUCGCGGCAAGCGCCAGAGCCAGGCAAGCUAAAGCCAGUCGGAUCGUCGGGGUCGGUUUUCAGGCCUGGCGCCAAGGAUCGGGAGUGGCUUCGAAAGGAUGUGCAGCGAGCAGCUGCACGAAGGAGCCGUGUCGCCCAGACGAGGCUCCGGUCUUUGAGGACCAAGCCCAAGACAGCUGCAGAGCGAUGGCAGCGGGAAGUUGAAUGGAUCCGUCGCGAUGUCGAAGCUUUUGCUCCGCGAAGGCUGAAGCCGAAAGCUAUGUCGACGCUGCAAAAGGACGUGCAUUCCGCUCCACAGAAAGAAGCAUCCGCACCGCAGAACAAGGUACUGCGGCAGCGCCCCGGCCCCCCGGUGGACGCAUCGGAGCGGCAACGCAGAGAGAAGCUUUGGAUCGAGCAGGAGGCGCAGAAGCUGCGCGCCGCCAAGGCCUCGAGAGAAGUGAAGGCAGCAGCCUCAGCAGCCAGCACCUUGCACUCGAAGGAGGAGGUGAAGGAGCCCAGAAGCGUUUCUGGCCGCCUUCCCUCACCAGCUGCAGCGGAGAGUACCUGGAUUCGUAGGGACUUGGCCGUCCAUGAGCCUUUGAGGCGACAGCGUUGUCAAGGCCUGCAACUUCAAUCGGCUUCAAAGCCUCAGGCUCACAGAGACUUCCUGCGGACGGCAUGCGCGUCGUUGUUUAUGAUCGACAUUGACGUGCUGCCCAAAAACGUCGCAGGAGUUCCAACCCUGCUGCCGCACACGGCACCCAGACCCUCACCAGCGCCGCGACGGCGAUCGAAUUUCACGCACAUCUCCGCCAAAGUGAAGCAGCAGCUCUCCGGCAUUAUCCCAGACGGCGUCGUCGACAAAGAGCUGCCGUGGAUUCUGGAUGAUAUUGAUUUCGGCCAGAGAAUACGACAGCUUCAAGAGAUGGCAGAGCCUGGAGAGGAAAAAGAGACA